CUGCAAUGGGACUCGCGCACGGAACUUCGCAGGGUGCUGAAUCUUUCUGAUAUUCUACGCCUGCACACAGCCACUAGAAAUCCGGAGGGAUGCCUUACGCCACUGACUGAAGACGGGAUUAGAAUCGUUAAAUCCCAUUAUUAUAAACCUCCCAAGAGCACAUAUCCAAUAUAAGGGCCUGGAAUAUGUCCCAGUCUUCUCCUUAUUCUCCAAGUUGUCCCUUUUGUGGAAUAGCUUCCGCCCAUUCCCCUUGUCCGCCAUCCACUCCAGCCCAAAGUUUACCGACACCAAAUGAAAAUCUAUCACAAACGCAUAUAAUUCUUUCGACAAAGCAUGUACUCGCAUUUCUUGAUAUUAUGCCGCUGACGAGGGGCCAUGUGCUGGUUAUCCCGAGACGACAUUUUCAGAAUCUAGGGGAAGUGAGGGUCAACGAGGGAAGAGAGCUUGGAAAAUGGCUUCCUAUCAUCUCUAGGGUAGUUGUGAGAACAAUAUUAGGCACUCAGCCGGAUGAACGCGGCGAAGAUCCCGCACAUUGGAAUGUAGUGCAGAACAAUGGUCUCCGUGCAGCGCAAACGGUUCCCCAUGCGCAUUUCCAUAUCAUUCCGAGACCCCCUCUAGAAAGGAUGACAGCAUCCAAAACGAGUUGGGUAAUGUUUGGCCGGGGUCAGCGCGAUGAACUUGACGACGACGAAGGACAGAGACUGGCAGCUGAGUUAAGAACGGAACUUGCAAAAGAAGUCGCAAAAAUUAAGGCAACGGAGGGCAUUGACCUUGAUGAAGAUUGUUCCGAAUCAGGGCCAAACAUACCUCGAGCGGAGAAGCUGUGAUCCAUAGAGUUCUGGCUGUGUAAGACAUAUAUGGUGCCAUUCUUUGUUGUGCAUAUACCAAUGUUUGUCAUUCAGCCAAUGCUCUUUUCAUACAUUUCUAAAUUCCUUCAAGACAUUCAAUGACCUUUAAUGUUGUGUCGCGGUGCGCUUUCAAGUUGCCCCUCAAGGGGUUGAACAACUGUUGGCUUUGGGUGUGAAUCGUUGGAAGUACUAUAAUCAUCCAUUCAGUUCAAUCUCUAGACAAGAAUGGCGAAAAUUGUGCGUACCC